CAAGUUUGACCAAAAUUGGCACAAAUUGUUGAAAGUUUGAGUUCGCGAUCGAGUAUUUCAUAUUCAUAUGUAAACUUUAUAUCAAUAAUAGAUAGGUUAUCAUUUUUAAUUACACAUCGAAUAUAUAAGAUUGCACGAAAUCGCCACGCCCGCUGUUGUUGAUAAAUAGUGUGUUAGCUUCAGUGCGCUUUAAAUCGUUGUCGAUAGCAUACGUCUUUUUUUAGUGAUAAGCGAGUAAAGGAAUUUUUGUGGACUUUCAUAAUCAAGUUAAUAAUUGUGCAUAAUGUCAGUAUUAAAUAACUUCUCUGUGUCAAUAGCAAAAGGACUACGUCGUCUUCGACAGAAUAAAGAAUUAAGUGAUCGCUUACUGCCGGGUUCGUCUACUCGACGUCAUGGCUCCAAAGAUGGUAACACACAACUUAAGAUGGACAAAUGCCUUAUUGUGUCCAAGGUGACACGAUACGAGUACGAAAGACACAGUCAUGAUUACAUAUCUGACGAUGAAUUGGUUAAGGUACUCAGGAAGCGGGGAUCAGAUGUUGACUCGAUGUUGGCCAACCACAAGGAACAAAAAGCUUUUGAGGAAAAUGUGGCGAAACGAUUGCGGGAAAUGGGACAUCAAGUUGAAAUGGCCAGCAGGUUGACAUACAACGAUGAGUUAAUUAACUGGUGCGAUGUUGUCGUGCCUUGUGGAGGAGAUGGCACCUUCCUGCUAGCUGCUUCCAGAGUUAGAGAUGCUAACAAGCCAGUGAUUGGCUUCAACAGCUUCCCGCACAAGUCAGUGGGUCGUCUCUGCUUGCCCACCUGGUGCUCGAACGACGUGAAAGGUGCGCUGCAAGCUUUGAAAGAGGGCAGGUUCAGAUGGAUGCGUCGCUCCAGGAUACGCACAACUAUCACCUGCGAGGCCAAAGUGUUGGACACAAUCACGCCGGUUGACCUUCACACGUUGCAGUACUGCAGAUAUCCACCGAUGUCGAACAUCCACGAAAAUCAAGACGCACAAACGAGGGAUCAUGACGUCACAGCUGUUAAUAGUCCCACUUUAUCUACUAAAGUGUUACCCUUCCUAGCACUUAAUGAGGUGUUCAUAGGCGAGAGCGUGACGUCGCGCGUGUCGCUGCUGCGGCUGCAGAUCGACAACGGCCAGUGGACGCACACCAAGAGCUCGGGACUGUGCGUCACCACCGGCACCGGCAGCACCUCCUGGCAUUUCAGGUAUAUUUAUGCUAAUGUGGGAAAGAGACCAUUAAAUGAUCUAAGUUCUCGAAAGUCGCUUGGUCUGGUGAUCGACGGCAGCGUGUCGUUCCCGUUCAACGACGGCACGCAGGCGGAGCUCGCGCUGCACGCCGAGGACGCGCUGCUCACAGUGCACAUGGACGACGCAUUGCCCUACUGA